AUGUCGGCCCAUGGAGUGAGUCUUCCCCGGUUUUAUGAAAUCCACGAGGAGCUUUGGGAUGUCCGGGCGGAGAUCGACAAAGAGAAGCUCCGCCACGUGGCGCCCUUCCCCUUCUUCGGGCGCGCCAUGCGCUUCCAGGACGAGUUUGCAGCGCUGCAGAUCACCGAUGAUGGCAGGCGCGCAGGGGGCCUCACGGGGCUCGGCUUGGAGGCGGUCCAGUUCCGACCCCUGCGGAAGAAGGACCGCUCGGACCUCGAGGCCCUUCACGCGGAGUGGUUCCCCGUGGACUAUUCGCGGAGUUUCUACGAUGAGGUCUUUGAGCAGCGCAGCGUGGGCUCCGUGGCGGCCGUGGGCGGCGAGAAUCUGCUGCUGGGGGCGGCUACCUUCCGCACCAAGUUCCAGGAGCCCCGAUUCGACAUGGACUCAGUGCUGGAAGGCGGCGCCGGCGCCUGCAUGUCGGGCCGCGCGGGCUACGUGCUGACGCUGGGGGUGGUGGACGGCGCACGAGGGCAUGGGCUUGCGAAGGCGCUGCUGGAGAAGUCCUUCGAGGCGAUUCGCCGGGAGCUGCCGGAGGUGGAGGCCAUCUGGGUGCACGUGGUGUGCUACAACCUCCCAGCGCAGGCGCUGUACGAGCGCAUGGGCUUGGUCUUGGUGAGGCGCUUCCCGCGGUUCUACAGCUUUUACGACCAGAUUUGGGACUCCUUCCUCUACGUGCUCUACGAGAAGAAUGGCAAGCCUCCGGACCUCCGGCUCGAGGUGCUGAAGGACGAGCUUUUGGCCAUGGCAGGCAGCUGGAACCACCUCCAGGCGCUGCGGCUCCGGUGCCAAGUUUGGGCGGCCGCGGCCGCGGACGCCUGGGCGAGCGCAUGCGCGGAGCCGCGGAGUGCGGUGGUUUGGGUCCGGUCGGUGGAGGGAGAGCAACCCUCCGGAGAGGAUCCCAAGAGCCGCGUGCUCACCUACGAGGGUGUCCUCAUCACUCCCAAGGAAGAAGUUCCUUUGGACGAGGAGCCGGAGGCGGAGGGCAGCGCGCGGAUCGAGGGCUUGGCCAUGGCCAAGCACGAGAUCGAGGAAGUGGGCGGCCGCGCGCGACUGGUGAGCAUCAGCCGCAGCAGCAGCCGCUUCGCCAUCGUGGUCAGUCCAUAUUUCCAGCCCAGUAUGGCAGUCGUCUACUCCUUGCACCUGGCAAUGUCCCCUAGGAGGCCAAGGAGAACGCAGCUGCCAUAUGUUGGAAGAGGUAUGAAGAGGGAACUCCAGGCCGCGAUGCGGACGGGCGACGUGUGGCGCUCGUGUCAAGAGAGACGAAGAGCGCCAAAGCCAAAGUUCUCCAAGUCGGGCUCGACUUCGAUGCUCCCGGCCGCGGCCCCGCGGAAGAAGGAUGGCGAGGAGAGAGCCUGCAGUCGGCUUACCGCCACCUCCUCCAUGCCGCAACUGCCGCAGCUGGUGGAUACCAAGAAGAAGGACCGAGGUGGUGCGAAGGAGCCGACGAGCGUCAGCGAUUGGCGGGAGUUCUACAAGCAACGCGCCCAAGACCUGUUGGGCUCCUGA